AUGUUGCUUGUUGAUUAUUCUUCUCCUAUUUUAUGUAAACCAAAUUUAGGAAAAUUAAUUCAAUUUACAAAUUGUAAAAUUUUACUUGGUCAAAAUAUUGUUGAAAGUGAUUUAUGGACACUUGAUGGAAAAAUUAUUGAUGGUAGAAAGGUAUUUUUUGAUCAAAAAAAAUAUGCUGAUAUUCAAGUUAAUUGUAAAGGUUUAAUUAUUUCACCAGGAUUUAUUGAUGUACAAAUAAAUGGUGGUUUUGGUAUUGAUUUUUCAUCAUUGUCAAAAAAAAAUUUUAUUAAUGGUUUAAUUUUUGUUGGGGAAAAAUUAUUAUCAUUUGGUGUUACAUCAUUCUGCCCAACAAUUAUUAGUUCAUCAUCACAAUUUUAUCAUGAUAUUAUUCCAUUAAUGAAAUUUAGACACGAUCAAAUUGAUUUUAAUAAACCUAGAGCUAAUAUUCUUGGUCUUCAUUUGGAGGGACCAUUUAUAUCAAAAGUAAAAAAAGGUGCUCAUCCACAAACACAUAUUAUAGAUUCAUUUCUUCCAAAUCCAUUAAAUACCCUCCAAAAAAUUUACGGAACACAUCUUUUUGAUAAUAAUGUCAAUAUUAUAACACUUGCACCAGAGUUAAAUGGAUCAAAAGAAAUAAUAAACUAUUGUUCCAAUAAAAAUAUAAAAAUUUCUUUAGGACAUACAGAAUCUACUUUUGAUGAUAGUGUAGAAGCUAUUAAAAAUGGAGCAAAUAAAAUAACUCAUUUAUUUAAUGCUAUGAAAAAUUACCAUCAUAGAGAUCCGGGUUUGAUUGGAUUGAUUAAUACACCAAAAAUUUAUGAAAAUUUAUUUUAUGGAGUUAUUUGUGAUGGAGUACAUACACAUCCAUCAGCUAUUAAACUAGCUUAUCAAGCUAAUUCUGAUGGUUUAAUUAUAGUUUCUGAUGCAAUGGCUGCACUUGGAAUGGGAGAUGGUAUUCAUAGAUUAGGUGAUCAAAUUAUUAAUGUUAAAGAUAAUCAUGCAACUGUUCAUGGAACAAAUAUAACUGCUGGAAGUGUUGCAUCAAUACCAAAAUGUGUUAAAACUUUACAAAAUAUAACAAAUUGUCCAUUAAGUUCAGCUCUCCAAUGCGCUUCUUUAAAAGCAGCUAGAUUAUUGGAAAUUUCAGAUAAAAUUGGUGAUCUUUCUAUAAUUGGAUCAAAUGGAGAUUUUAUAUUAAUUGAUGAAAAUGUAAAUAUCUAUUGUACCUUUAUUGAAAGUGUUAAAGUUUAUGAAUGUAAUUAA